AUGGCUGCUGCCUCCACAUGCUCCGGCCAUUCUCUUCACGGCGCCUACUGUGACAAUGCUCCACCUCAGGGGGCUCAUAUUAAUAGCAGCCAUAACCGCCCGCUGCGUAUAGUUCCUCCCACUACCCUUGCAUCGUCUCCACCCAGGACAACUACAAAUCCCGGAGAUGCCUCGUCGGCCACCCUCUCUGCCAUCGAAGUCGAACUUGCUUCACAAUCCAUCUCGGCCCUGAACAUCAUGGGUGUCAAAGAUACCAUGCUGCAUGUCACCGAACUUCCUAUGGAGACCACCCCGGACCUCGCUGUCAUCGAGCAGCCCUCGUCUCCCAAAAUGGAGACCGUGGAGGAAGUGCCGUCCAUCGAACCAGAAGCGCCAGCAGCCACUUCCUCGCCGGCGUCUACCAAACAUCGCACCCCGAAGCGCAAGCGAACCGCCUCACCUCCUUCGCCUGCCUCGACCAACCCCUCCCAACAUGUCCGUUCCGCCUCGCGCAGCACUCGACGCUCUGCUCCGCCCAGCAGUCGUCCGGGCUCUCUCCAUUCGCACCGCCGCACGGUGACGACCUCCUCUCUCACUUCGUCCUCGCAUCCUAGUCCCAGCGACCCCGAAACCCGACGCCAGAACCUCCUCGCCCUGCACCGCGAGUCUUGUCGCCUCUUCCAGAACAACGGUCGAGUCAGAGACAGCGAGGGCAGCACCCCGUCGCCAUCCUCCUCAACCGCAACCACACAUACGCCACCACGUACCGUCCGCGCCUACUCAGACCUCAGCACGCCGCCUCUCUCUCCAAUCCUCGACUCCAUGUCCAGCACCUCUCAACAACGACCGCCCUUCCCCCCGCCCCUCCGCACUUGCUCCGCCUUCACCCCAGCCGACUCGGACCCCAUCUCCCCGGUCCCUAUCCACCCCUCCGCCACCGUCAUCGACUGGACAUCCCCCUCGACCCGCCGCCGCGAGUACAAGAAGAUCGACCGCGCCAGCAGCGGCGUGCGCGGGUUUUGGCGCCGCGUUGCGCCGCGCUGGGCCCGGUUCGGCGACGACCGCACUCCAUUCUUCGAGGAGGGGAAAGACGGCAAGGGGAACUACGAGGGCAGCGUGCGUCGCUUCCGGAUGGAUUUACCGGAUGAAGGCCCGACUCGCUCGGAGAGGGCGGUCGGAUUGAAACUGAAGAGGAAACUGGUUGUCUGGGAGAAUAUGAGAGAGCAGAGCUAUUCGGCGCCGGCGAGGAUAGCUUAUCAAGAAGAGGAACGCUCUAUGAAGGAGAUAACCAACGAAGCCUGGGGCUUCCAGACGGUCUUUCCCGGCAGACAGAUAUGGAUGACUGCUUCUGCUAGACAGACACAGCUGGCUGAUAAUUGA